GACGCACACCGAAAUGAGGCCUGCGAGCAGAAGCGAGACCACCCUCGGUCUGGAAAUCAACCUGAUUCUGUUUUACAUAGGUGCUGCGGGCGCCUGCGCCGUCUCCGUCACGCAGCCGGGCUACCUGGAGGUGGACGGUGGCACGGACAAGGCUGUCACCAUAGAAUGCCGCUUCACCGCCGCCGGAUGCCCUUCGCAGCCGCCCCAGAGCCUGUGGUUCCGGUACCGCACUCACCAAGCGGAGCACCUCUGCUCGGGCUCGUGCACAGGUGAAGCGGACAAAUUCAUGGUGCAGAAAGCCCUGGAGCAGAACCGAGUUUCUCUCACUGUCAACAGGGUGACGCCAAACGACAGUGCAAUUUACAUCUGUGGAAUAGCGUUUCCUACUGCAGGGACGCCGGGAGCUAAGCAAGCCGGAGGAGGGACCACACUGGUGGUCAGAGACGGCGGGCUGCUGAGCCAGGAACUGCACAGCGUCCUCACAGCACUCCUGGUCCUGCUCUCGGUCUACAUCAUUGGCUUGUGUGCGAUCUUCGGAGUUCUCUCCAAAUCAAAAUCCAACACUCUAAAAAACAAAGGAACAAAAGAAGAUUCACAAAAGAAGAAAAGUGCUCGGCGUAUUUUUCAAGAAAUUGCUCAAGAACUGUACCAUAAGAGACAUGUGGAAGCAAGCCAACAGCCUGAGAAAGACAACACUUACGAGAACAGAAGAGCACUUUCCAACUACAAAAGACCGUAGGUACAUGGCAACAACUGCAGAACACAGGGCUCCGCGGGCCUGGAUGUCAGCCCUGCACCCAGCACGGCACCAGCGAGCCAGGCCUGACCUGCAGCGCAGUGCCUUGCCUUGCCAGCACGGAUGUCUAACCAAGUUAGGAGGGAAGCACCAGACGGGACUUGCGGGGAGGAAGGUAUCUGUGGGCAUCGUUAGCAUCCCACUAUGAAAAUGGCACUUGGAUUGUUCUUUGAAAGCUGCUUAGUUGUAAACAACUGCCCUCCUGUACAUUCAUUACUAAACACAAAUUAUAAUGCAUUAUUUCAUUAAGGUGUUGUUUUUAAG